CAGACCUGAAGUUGGCAAUGGAGGAAAGAAAGCUCAGCAGGUUCCUUCAUGGGACUCUUGAGGUCACCGUCUUCCGAGCCACAGUUCACAGCCUAUCUUUGCCCUUCAAUUGCUUUUGCUUUGGAGCCAAACCAGCCUAUGUAACGAUCAAGAUCGGCAAGACGAGGGUGGCUGAGACGAGCCACCAAUGUGAUCGAGUAUGGAACGAGACGUUUAGAAUACUCUCUGCCCAUCCUGCUGACUCAACCAUAACAUUAACCCUGAGGACCAGGCUAUUCAUGUUGGGAAAGAUUGAAGUACCCAUGCAGGCAUUGCUAACGGAAGCAGAAUACAGGCCUCAUGAACAAUCCUCCUCCCAUUUCUUGUCAAGGAAAGACAAGUGGAGCUCAAAUCUCAAGCUACAGUUCGCUCUUCAGUUCAGGCAUGUGGAAUCUGAACUGGACUGGGGAAAAGGCCUCCGAUAUGGGGGAUCUAAAGAUCUUGUCAACGGCGCCACGUUCCCACAGAGAUCAAACUGCAGCAUCAUACUCUAUCAUGAUACUCAUCGUUACCACCUCUUUCAACCACGCACGUACCACGGAACCGGGCGGCUGUCUCAGCCAAGAAAGCUGUGGGAGGAUAUCUUUAAGGCCAUUGAUGGGGCCAAGCAUCUAAUUUAUAUUGCUGGAUGGUCACUCAAUCCUAAGAUUGUUCUUGUACGUGAUUCUCGGACCGAGAUUCCACGAGCAUGGGGAGUUGAAUUGGGUGAGCUCCUGAAACGAAAGGCUGAGGAGGGUGUCGCUGUUAGAAUCAUGCUCUGGGAUGAUGAGACCUCGUUGCACAUCAUCAAAAACAAGGGUGUGAUGAGAACCCAUGACGAAGAUGCAUUGAGCUACUUCAAACAAACCAAGAUGGUCUGCAAGUUGUGUCCCAGGCUACAUGACAAUUUCCCAACCUUCUUCGCUCACCAUCAGAAAACAAUCACGGUUGACGCAUGCCCACAGCUUCUUUCAGCUCAUGAUGUAUCCAAGGAUGAUACUGAUAGAGAAAUUAUCAGCUUCAUUGGUGGCUUGGACCUUUGUGAUGGUAGAUACGACACCGAGCAGCACUCCUUGUUCCAGUCUCUCAAAACCAACUCCCAUGCUAAUGAUUUCUACCAGAAAAGCAUUGCAGGUGCCAGCCUCCACAGAGGGGGGCCUAGACAGCCAUGGCAUGAUGCCCAUGCUUGUGUCAUGGGUGAAGCCGCUCGUGAUGUGCUGGCCAAUUUCGAGCAGCGUUGGGCUAAACAAUGUGACUCCUCUCUUCUUCCUCCAAUCAGUGGUAUCACUGAUCUCAUUGGCCUACAGGCAAGUUAUUUAGACCAUAGUUGGAACGUCCAGGUGUUCCGAUCUAUCGAUAGGAUUUCUGCAGCAGGACUGCCUGACCACAUUUCUGUGGAACGCAGCAUCCAUGACGCAUAUAUACAAGCCAUUAGGCGGGCAGAGAGAUUUAUCUACAUCGAGAAUCAGUAUUUCAUGGGUGGGUGUCAUCUUUGGCAGAAGGAUCAGCACAGCGGGUGCAAGAAUCUGAUCCCUGUGGAGAUCGCACUGAAAGUUGCAGCCAAGAUCAGAGCCAAUGAGAGGUUUGCUGUGUACAUUUUGAUGCCGAUGUGGCCAGAAGGGAUACCAGAGAGCGAUCCGGUUCAAGAAAUGCUGCACUGGACUAGGCUGACAAUAUCCAUGAUGUAUGCUUUGAUCGCAGAAGCAAUUAAAGAUAGCAGUGCAAACACACACCCGAGGGAUUACCUCAAUUUCUUUUGCCUUGCCAAUAGGGAAGAGAAGGGUUGGGAAGAGUUUAUUCCACCUUGUUCACCUCCUCACACAAGCCAUUACUUCAAAGCCCAGAAGAACAGGAGGUUCAUGAUUUAUGUUCACUCCAAGUUGAUGAUAGUGGAAGAUGAGUACAUAUUGAUUGGCUCUGCCAAUGUGAACCAAAGAUCCAUGGAUGGUGAACGAGAUACAGAGAUAGCAGUCGGAUGCUACCAACCAAAAUGUGUAGGUGAGAAGAGCCGAGAUGGAGAUAUCCAUGCGUAUCGGAUGUCCCUUUGGUUUGAACACACUUCACGGUUUGAGGUGGCUUUCAUGGAGCCGCAAAGCAUUAAUUGUGUGAGGUGUCUUCAAAGGAUAGGGGAGGAAACGUGGAAGGUUUACAGUGGUGAAGCAGUGAACGGUAUGAAAGGAGUGCACCUUGUGAGUUAUCCAAUAAAUGUGUUGGAAGAUGGAGCUGUUGAGGAUCUUCCUGAGGGUGAUGGUUGCUUUCCAGAUACCACCACACCAAUCAUGGGAAGGAGAUCAAAGAUUCUUCCAUCAGUUUGCACUACAUAAUUGUGGAAUAGGACAUUCCUAGUAUCUAGGAUGUGGAUAUGGCAUGGGCCAUAUAAUGUUGUAUGCAAUAUAUUAGCUGAAGGAUCUACAAGCAGUAGAUCACAACCGUAACAUAAAUGUAUUCUGUUUGUAUGCUCUAGCAGUGGGCUGGCUAGCAAAUGCUGUUCAGAUCAAUGAAGAAAAUAAACAACAUUAAGCUUA